AUGAGCGAUUUGAAAAUCACUCACUGGGACGUGAAUACUGACGGCGUAUUCUCCGAAGGAAAGUUGAAGGAAAAGCUGGAAAAGGAAGGAUUCACGGUCAUACCCUACACCUUCUCUCCUGGGACCGUGUUCCCCGACCACACACAUUCGGUCGACAAGAAGGACGGAAUCACCGCGGGCGAGUUCUCCUUUACUAUGAACGGGAAAACUGUGGUUCUCUCUGCUGGCGACACAAUUUUUGUUCCAAGGAAUACUGUCCACGCCGCUCAUGUUGUCGGAAGCAAAGAUAGUUUCAGCGCAGGAAAUGUUUUUGGAGCACACACCCAUGAUGUCGACAAGAUGGAUGUCGUUGUUGACGGUGAACUCGAGUUUUCUAUGUAUGGCAAAUCGAUAAUUUUGAAGGCAGGAGAUGCGCUGGAAGUUCCCAAAGAUGUACCUCAUUCGGCAAAAGUUCGUGGUAACAAGGCGCUCGAAUUUUUCGAUGCCACAAAGUUGUAG